CUAACCGAAUCAGCUGUUUGUUAUCGUGCAGUAACUACGCGUUCUUAUUUGCAAAUUGUGUGUUUUUGUUAAAAGUGUUAAUUUUUUGUAUUAUUUUUGAUUCAAAAACAGUAAAAAAUAAGAGAUUAAUAUACUUUAAUAAUGGCUGCUUCUGUUUUGUUUGCUUGUGGUUUGAAUGAGCAAAAACUACCAUCAUUUAUACACAUCAGUGAGGAGUCCAACAUUGAUGGCAGCUUUUUAAUUAGUUCCAUUUUGGGCCAACGUUUGCGUAUUUCUAAUGCUGGCACACUACUCGUGUGUUUGCAACACAACUAUCUGCACUAUUUCAAUGCUGGCAUGCGUUUGGGCUACAACUGCAAUAUAUUUUUGGGUAAAACUCUUGGAGUUAUAGACUCGCUCUAUGAUAUGGCCGAAGAUUUUCUUAACAGCAAAUGGUUGACAAACGAGUGUCGCUUCACCGAUUUACUGAUGGCUGAUAUCAAGCAACAUAUAUCAGGCAAUAAUUUUACAUCACGCAUCAACUCCACCGUCAUAAUUGAUAAUUUGGCCAUAUUAUACAAUUUGGGUGCCACCAAGGAGGACAUACAAAAGUUCUGCCAUGGUCUGGUGGCUCUAUCGCAAGAGUUUGAAAACCUGACCAUCAUCACAAAGAUGAGUAAUUGCGAUAUUUACAAUUUGGAUGAUAACAAUGUGGCCAAACUGGGUUCUUUGCAUAUACGAGUUGUUAAACUUAAAAGCGGUGUGUUCCGUGAAGUGGAUGGAAAAUUGUUGAUCAAAAAGAUGCAAGAUGAGGCGGACAACAGUUAUGAGUGCAAUUAUUCAUCAAAGGAGAUUUUGUACAAAGUCAAUGACAGAAAUGUUAAAAUUUUCAAUCCUGGAGAAAUUGGUUUAAAAGCCUAAACAUGGAAUUAUGCAACACAAUGCUAUUAAUGGUUAAAAUCUUAGAUUAUACCAAUUUAAAAUUAAUAAAACCUGAAUUGAUUACAAUUGCUAGCUUCAAUCAAAUAAAUAAAAAGGUGUUUUAUAUACAUACAUAAUAAAUAAACAUAAAAACAAA